AUGUCUGCCCGAUCUGGUUCGAAACUACUAAGCUGCGAUCCUGCACGACAGUCAUACCAAGGACGAACUGACUACACCAGCGCCGUCCGCGUCGAUCCUCUCUCUCCUCAAGCGCCGACGCGCUCUUUACACAAAAUCCUUUUCAACAGACAUCCAGGGAUCGACUGGACCUCGAACACCGCACUUCCAUCGGCCUACCUUCAAGCUGUCGCCUUGAAACCUGACAACGCUCCUUCAAAACUACACGACCGAACUACCACAAACGAUUAUCUUACGGAGAAUAACGUCACAGCAAUCAAAAUUCGCCAACGUCGAAUUUUGAAACGAAUCGGCCGUUCGGAUGAGGAACUGCUCCGGGAACUUUUUACCCACGUCACCAGGGGCGACAGAACACCCUCACAGCUCCUACGCUUCAUGAGGAGUCGACUGGGAAAACAUUCAAUGUCCGAAUCGAUCUUGCGCGAACUGUGGAUGGACAAGUUACCCGCUACAAUAACGCAGAUAUUGGCAUCAAUCGCUGACAAUACUCCACUAGACCAGUUAGGAAACUCCGCUGACCGCAUCGCAACUAAACUGGACCAAGGAGUGUGUGCCGUGCAGCGCCCAAACGACACACCAGCCAAAGACACAGAUCUGGAAAAGGCAGUAGCUGACCUGCAACAUCAGCUGCAGGAUAUACGAAUGCACCUUUCCCGCAAAUCGAGAGGCCCGGCGGUUGGCGACGGAGUGCACGGAGUACCAGCAGGGAUCGACGAGUCGACCCGGAAUUAUGCUGGUACCACCACAGAUUCGGCACCAGGGCAAAGAAUUGCUCGGCACCCUGCAAAUACAGCUCCAAAACUAAGAGCAGCAAUCAGUAUGAUACCCCCCAAAGAACAGCAAGACCGAAAGUCGACCCUGUAUAAGCUCCAGGCAGCAAACGGCUCGACGAUCGAGACAUAUGGAACCAAGACACUGACUCUUAACAUCGGCAUGCGGCGUGAUUUUACCUGGACUUUCACCCAGGCAGACGUAAAAACGCCAAUACUCGGGCAAGAUUUCUUGGCCCAUUAUGACCUAGCCGUGCAUAUGAAUACGAGGACUUUAUCAGACAACACCACGAACAUUUCUGUUAAAGGCACCCUCUCUCCACACAACACCACUGGAAUCAGUAACUGCGAUCCUGCACGACAGUCAUACCAAGGACGAACUGACUACAUCAGCGCCGUCCGCGUCGAUCCUCUCUCUCCUCAAGCGCCGACGCGCUCUUUACACAAGUACAGACAUCCAGGGAUCGACUGGACCUCGAACACCGCACUUCCAUCGGCCUACCUUCAAGCUGUCGCCUUGAAAACUGACAACGCUCCUUCAAAACUACACGACCGAACUACCACAAACGAUUAUCUGUUAACAGGCAACCUGCUUAGCGCCGCAACAGAUGGUUCAGGAUCAGGAAAAGUUGAUGCUGGUGCUCUGGUUUACUUUCUUUUCCUCUUUUUACCUCUUACUGCUUGGAAAGACACAGACAUUGGCUUUCCUUCUCUUCUCUGCUUAUCCUCUCUAUCUUGGGAAGAUGCAGUGAAUCUGUUUUUCUUUUCUUUCCUACCGCCCCGGAUUUGA